AUGUCCGCAGUUUCAACAGACCCAAUUCCCCUUCUCCACCGCCAUAACCGCCCUACAUUCAGACCUAUACGCAAUUUGUAUUAUAUCUCUGAGAAGCUCUUACCUGUUAGCUUGAAUUGCAAACGGAACCCAAGCCGCGGCGUCAACGUCUGCUGCCGCCAUGUCUGCACCGCCAAAGCUCUCUGCUCCUCCGGCGCCACCGCCGUCGAGACCUCCGAAUCUGCAAAUGUUACCUUUACCAGAAGGUUUGAUUUGAAGCGGCCCCAAACGCUAGAAGGAAAGAUUACUGUCAGAUUAGACUGUGGAGAGAAUGAAGAGUGUUGGAAGCUUACCGUGGGUUGUAGUUUACCCGGUAACUGGGUUCUUCACUGGGGUGUUAAUUACAUUGGUGAGGUGGGCAGUGAAUGGGAUCAACCCCCUCUGGAUAUGAGACCUCCAGGUUCUAUUCCUAUUAAGGAUUAUGCUAUUGAGACCUCUUUCGGAAAAUCACUUGCAUCUCUGGAAGGAGAAGCGUUUUACGAAGUUAAUAUUGAUAUUAACUCGAGCAGUUCGAUUGCGGCUAUACAUUUUGUUCUGAAGGAUGAGGAAACUGGGUGUUGGUAUCAGCAUAGAGGAAGAGAUUAUAAGGUGCCUCUUAUAAAUUACCUGCAAGAUGAUGGAAAUGUUCUCAUGUUUGGUAGUUCAUGUUUUGUAGCAGGGGCUUUGGGACAGAUAUCCAACAUACUUCUUAAACCCGAAGCUGCUGAUCUUAAACAAAAUGACAUUCAACAAAACUUGCAAAUGAGGCCUCUUCAAGGUUUUUAUGAAGAACAAUCUGUUUUCAAAGAAGUUUCAACUGAUAACUCAAUGAGUGUGUCAGUCAGGUAUGAUCUUGAGAGCGCAAAACAUGUUUUGCAUAUAGAAACUGAUUUGCCUGAAGAUGUCAUAAUACACUGGGGUGUUUGCAAAGACGAAGGUAGAAAUUGGGAAAUCCCACCUGAGCCAUAUCCUCCUGAAACAAUCAACUUCAAGAAUAAGGCGUUGCGCACUCUCUUGCAGCGAAAAGAUGAGGGAAAUGGUUGUUGGGGGUCAUUGACAGUGGAUGAAAGGUUUUCAGCCUUUGCUUUUGUGCUGAAGCUGAAUGAAGAUAGAUGGAUAAAAUGCAACGGAAAUGAUUUUUACAUACCCUUAACAAGCUCGGUUGUGCCUGAUCAAGAUAUUGGUAAAACUCAUUAUAAAGGUGAGGAGCAUCUGAAGGAGAUUGCCUCACCUGAGAUAAUUGACAAUAUUUCUGAACCAAAUGAGGCAGUUGCUGCAUACACAGAUGGUAUCAUUAGUGAGAUAAGGAAUUUAGUCAGUGAUAUUUCCUCCGAAAAAAGUCGGAAAACAAAGUGCAAAGAAUCCCAAGAAAGCAUUCUCCGUGAGAUCGAGAAGCUUGCUGCAGAAGCCUAUAGUAUCUUCCGAAGUUCCAUGCCUACAUUUACCGAUACUGAUCAAUUGGAUAGCCAGGAUUUACAACCCGCUAUAAGUAUAUCUUCAGGGACUGGUUCAGGGUAUGAAAUACUGUGCCAGGGAUUUAACUGGGAAUCUCAUAAAUCAGGAAAUUGGUACUUGGAGCUUUAUGAAAAAGCUUCAGAAUUGUCGUCCCUUGGUGUUACAGUGAUAUGGCUGCCUCCACCUACUGAUUCUGUGUCACCAGAGGGCUACAUGCCUAGGGAUUUGUACAAUUUAAAUUCCAGGUAUGGAAAUAUUGAUCAGCUUAAGGGUCUUGUUAAGAGACUGCAUGAAGUGGGUAUUAAGGUUCUUGGAGAUGUUGUCUUAAACCACCGAUGCGCACAUUAUAAGAAUCAAAACGGCAUCUGGAAUAUUUUUGGUGGUCGCUUAAAUUGGGAUGACCGUGCAGUUGUUGCUGAUGAUCCACAUUUCCAGGGACGGGGCAAUAAGAGCAGCGGAGAUAAUUUCCAUGCGGCUCCAAACAUUGAUCAUUCCCAAGAAUUUGUGAGAAAUGAUAUCAAGGAGUGGCUAUGCUGGUUACGUGAAGAAAUUGGUUAUGAUGGUUGGAGGCUUGAUUUCGUGCGGGGAUUUUGGGGUGGUUAUGUCAAGGACUACCUGGAUGCAAGUGAGCCCUACUUUGCUGUGGGGGAGUUCUGGGACUCCCUAAGUUACACUUAUGGAGAGAUGGACCAUAAUCAAGAUGCACAUAGACAGAGAAUCAUAGAUUGGGUAAAUGCUACAAAUGGUUCUGCUGGUGCAUUUGAUGUCACUACAAAAGGGAUUCUUCAUUCAGCACUUGAAAGAUGUGAAUAUUGGCGAUUGUCCGAUGAAAACAGGAAACCUCCUGGAGUGGUAGGAUGGUGGCCAUCCAGGGCUGUUACUUUUAUCGAGAAUCAUGACACUGGUUCCACUCAGGGCCACUGGAGAUUCCCAGGUGGGAAGGAAAUGCAAGGCUAUGCUUAUAUCUUAACUCAUCCUGGAACACCCUCAGUUUUUUAUGACCACAUAUUCUCUGACUAUCAGUCCCAAAUACUAGCACUCAUCUCCAUCAGAAAACGUAACAGGAUCCACUGUCGGAGCACUGUUGAAAUAAUCAAGGCAGAGAGAGACGUGUAUGCUGCAGUGAUUGAUGAAAAGUUGGCAGUGAAGAUUGGACCGGGGCACUAUGAGCCUUCCAAUGAUGCCAAGAACUGGUCUUUAGCCAUUGAGGGCAAAGAUUACAAGGUUUGGGAAGUAAAAUAA